AUGACGCCAAGCGCCGGUCUCGCGUUCCGAGGGGGGUGUCGGGCUGGUCAGGCUGGCCAGGCUGACCACGACUGUGUUGCGACGGGCACUUCCAGACGGCGACAACCAUGGCUGCUGGACGGGCACAGAGGAUGCAGAUGGCGCAAACGCCUGUUGGCAGACGGCCAUGUCGGCGCUGAGGGCACCACGUCCAGACACAGCAGCGAUCGGCUACGUCUUCACCCAUGGCCCUCUCCAGACAAGCGCUCGGUUCCCCGUGUCCUUGAUCCGCCCGAGCCGGCGUGGACCAAGCGCGGCCAUGGCAAACUAUGGUCCCCUUUGACAAACCCGCCCUUGGGCCAGGAACACGCACAAAAAAAGUUUCCUUCCUCUGGUACUGCCUGGCGAGCGAGCAGCGCACCACAGCGCACCACAGCAUCCGGCACCCACGCUGCCCUGGGCCCAAGGACCGCCCCUAGACGCGUGUGUGCCCGCUGA